AGCCGCUCCAGAGGGGGCUCGCAGAGCUGAGGACGCGCGCCGCGCCGCUCAAGGUCUCUCUCUCCGCGCGCUCGCCGGCCGGCAUCUGACGCGGGUGCCAGGGGCUCCGGGCACCUUGCAGUGGCCCUUCCCUCGGCCAGCCGGGACUCCGCAACCCAGCCGCCGCCGCCGCGGCCACCGCCUGAGGGGACCUGCGGACAGGACGCGGGCAGGAGGAGGGGUGCGCAGCGCGCGCGCAGAGCGUCUCCCCCGCUGCGCCGCGAGACCCGGGCCUCCCGGCCCCAGAAGCCCCCGGCCGCCUCGCCAGGUGUGUGGCACUGAAGUUCUUGCGGAAGGGAGUCCAACUCUUCAAGGUGAACUAUGACCACUUUACUCCUGGUGUUUGUGACUCUGAGGGUCAUCACAGCAGCCAGCUCACUAGAAGCUUCGGACCCUGACAACUCGCUGAGUGUCAGCAUCCCUGAACCGUCCCCUCUGCGGGUCCUCCUGGGGAGCUCCCUCACCAUCCCCUGCUACUUCAUCGACCCCAUGCACCCUGUGACCACCGCCCCCUCCACCGCCCCCCUUGCCCCGAGAAUCAAGUGGAGCCGCAUUUCCAAGGAGAAGGAGGUGGUACUGCUCGUAGCCACAGAAGGGCAGGUGCGGGUCAACAAUGCCUACCAAGACAAGGUCUCACUGCCCAACUACCCGGCCAUCCCCAGUGAUGCCACCUUGGAAAUCCAGAACGUUCGCUCCAAUGACUCUGGGAUCUACCGCUGUGAGGUUAUGCACGGCAUUGAGGACAGCGAGGCUACCCUAGAGGUCGUGGUGAAAGGCCUUGUGUUCCAUUACAGAGCCAUCUCCACGCGCUACACGCUGGACUUCGACAGGGCACAGCGGGCCUGCCUGCAGAACAGUGCCGUCAUUGCUAGCCCUGAACAGUUACAGGCCGCCUACGAGGAUGGCUUCCACCAGUGUGACGCCGGCUGGCUGGCCGACCAGACUGUCAGGUACCCCAUCCACACUCCGAGGGAAGGCUGCUAUGGGGACAAGGAUGAGUUUCCAGGCGUGAGGACCUACGGCAUCCGCGACACCAAUGAGACCUAUGAUGUCUACUGCUUCGCUGAGGAGAUGGAGGGCGAGGUCUUCUACGCGACAUCUCCGGAGAAGUUCACCUUCCAGGAGGCGGCCGACGAGUGCCGGCGGCUGGGCGCGCGGCUGGCCACCACGGGCCAGCUCUACCUGGCCUGGCAGGGCGGCAUGGACAUGUGCAGCGCUGGCUGGCUGGCUGACCGCAGCGUGCGCUACCCCAUCUCCAAGGCCCGGCCCAACUGCGGGGGCAACCUCCUGGGCGUGCGGACCGUCUACCUGCACGCCAACCAGACGGGCUACCCGGACCCCUCGUCCCACUACGACGCCAUCUGCUACACAGGUGAAGACUUUGUGGAUAUCCCAGAAAACUUCUUCGGGGUGGGUGGCGAGGAGGACAUCACCAUCCAGACAGUGACCUGGCCUGACAUGGAGCUGCCCCUGCCCCGAAACGUCACCGAGGGUGAAGCCCGAGGCAACGUGAUCCUCACUGUGAAACCCAUCUUUGGCGUCUCCCCCACUGUCCCGGAGCCCGAGGAGCCCUUCACGUUUGCCCCGGAGCCCGAGGAGCCCUUCACGUUUGCCCCCGAUGGAGGGACCUCUGCCUUCCCUGAGGCUGAGAACAGGACUGGAGAGGCCACCGGGCCCUGGAGUGUUCCCGCCACGCCCGGCCCGGCCUUCACCGCCUUCACCGCCUUCACCGCCUUCACCAGUGAGGACCAUGUCGUGCAGGUGACCGCAGUCCCAGGCGCAGCCGAAGUUUCAGGGCGGCCACGAUUGCCAGGGGGGGUUGUAUUCCACUACCGGCCUGGCUCCGCCCGCUACUCACUGACCUUUGAGGAGGCUCAGCAGGCCUGCCUGCGCACUGGGGCUGUCAUGGCCUCUCCAGAACAGCUCCAGGCCGCCUAUGAAGCAGGCUACGAGCAAUGUGAUGCUGGUUGGCUGCAGGACCAGACCGUCAGAUAUCCCAUCGUGAGCCCACGGACCCCGUGUGUGGGUGACAAAGACAGCAGCCCAGGGGUCAGGACCUACGGUGUGCGGCCACCAUCAGAAACCUAUGAUGUCUACUGCUACGUGGACAGGCUUGAGGGAGAGGUGUUCUUCGUCACACGCCUGGAGCAGUUCACCUUCCAGGAAGCCCUGGCAUUCUGUGAAUCUCACAACGCCACCCUGGCCUCCACCGGCCAGCUCUACGCCGCCUGGAGUCAAGGCCUGGACAAGUGCUACGCCGGCUGGCUGGCGGACGGCAGCCUCCGUUACCCCAUCGUCACCCCGAGGCCCUCCUGCGGUGGAGACAAGCCAGGCGUGAGAACCGUCUACCUCUACCCCAACCAGACAGGCCUCCCCGACCCCCUGUCCCGGCACCACGCCUUCUGCUUCCGAGGUGUCUCAGCAGCGCCCUCUCCAGGAGAAGAAGAGGGUGGCACACCCACCCCCUCUGUCGUGGAGGACUGGAUCGCUACCCAGGUGGGGCCUGGUGUGGCUGCUGUCCCCGGGGUGGAGGAGACCACCGCAAUCCCGGACUUCACGAUUGAGCCAGAAAACCAGACGGAAUGGGAACCAGCCUACAGCCCAGCGGGCACUUCCCCACCGCCAGGGAUCCCUCCAACGUGGCCUCCCACCAGUGCAGCAACAGAGGAGAGCACAGAAGGCCCUUCUGGAACGGAAGUGCCCUCAGCCUCAGAGGGGCCGUCCCCCUCGGAAGGGCCAUCCCCCUCAGAGGAACCACUCCCCUGGGAGGAGCUGUCCACACUUUCACCCCCAGUGCCCAGUGGGACUGAGCUGCCAGGCUCUGGGGAGGCAUCCGGUGUACCUGAAGUCAGUGGUGACUUCACAGGCAGUGGAGAAGUUUCAGGACAUCUGGACUCCAGUGGGCAACCCUCAGGGGAAAGAGCAAGUGGACUGCCCUCUGAAGAUCUUGACUCCAGUGGGCUCACGUCUGCUGUGGGCUCAGGCCUGCCUGUGGGAAGUGGACUGGCCUCAGGGGAUGAAGAUAAAAUUACAUGGUCCAAAAUUCCUGAAGUUGGAGGUGAGGGCCUAGAGACUUCUGCCUCUGGAGUAGGGGACCUCAGCGGGCUGCCUUCUGGAGAAGGUCCAGAAGUCUCUGNCUCUGGAGUAGAGGACCUCAGUGGAUUACCUUCUGGAGAAGGUCCAGAAGCUUCUGCCUCUGGAGUAGGGGACCUCAGUGGACUUCCUUCUGGAAGAGAAGGAAUAGAGACCCCUACCUCUGGUGUAGGGGACCUGAGUGGGCUGCCUUCUGGAGAAGGUCCAGAAACCUCUGCCUCUGGAGUAGGGGACGUCAGCGGGCUGCCUUCUGGAGAAGGUCUAGAAGCCUCUGCUUCUGGAGUAGGGGACCUCAGUGGACUUCCUUCUGGAAGAGAAGGAAUAGAGACCCCUACCUCUGGUGUAGGGGACCUCAGCGGGUUGCCUUCUGGAGAAGGUCCAGAAGCCUCUGCGUCUGGAGUAGGGGACCUCAGCGGGCUGCCUUCUGGAGAAGUUCCAGAAGUCUCUGCCUCUGGAAUAGGGGACCUCAGUGGACUUCCUUCUGGAAGAGAAGGUCUAGAGACCUCUGUCUCCGGUGUAGGCGACCUCAGCGGGCUGCCUUCUGGAGAAGGUCCAGACACCUCUGCUUCUGGAGUAGGGGACCUCAGCGGGCUGCCUUCUGUAGAAGGCCCAGAAGCCUCUGCCUCUGGAAUAGGGGACCUCAGUGGACUUCCUUCUGGAAGAGAAGGUCUAGAGACCUCUGCUUCUGGAGUAGAGGACCUCAGUGGGUUGUCUUCUGGAGUAGAGGGUCAUCCAGAGACUUCUGCUUCUGGAGUAGAGGACCUCAGUGAACUUCCUUCUGGAGGAGAGGGUCUAGAGACCUCUGUUUCUGGAGCUGAGGAUCUCAGUGGGUUGCCCUCUGGGAAAGAAGACUUGAUUGGGUCAGCCUCUGGAGGCUUGGACUUUGGCAGAAUACCUUCCGGAACUCUGGGAAGUGGGCAAGCUCCAGAAGCAGGUGGCCUUCCCUCUGGAUUUAGUGGUGAGUAUUCAGGGGUGGACCUUGGAAGUGGCCCAUCCUCUGGCCUACCUGAUUUUAGUGGACUUCCCUCUGGAUUCCCAACUGUCUCCCUAGUGGAUACGACAUUGGUGGAAGUGGUCACAGCCACCAGUGCAAGUGAACUGGAAGGGAGGGGAGCUGUUGGCAUCAGUGGUGCUGGAGAAACAUCUGGGCUGCCCUUCAGUGAGCUGGACAUUAGUGGGACAGUUAGUGGACUCCCUUCAGGAGCUGAACUCAGUGGCCAAGCGUCUGGGUCCCCUGACAUCAGUGGGGAAACAUCUGGAUUCUUCGGUGUCAGUGGACAGCCAUCAGGGUUUCCUGACAUCAGUGGGGGAACAUCUGGGCUUUUUGAGGUCAGUGGGCAGCCAUCAGGGCUUUCUGGGGAAACAUCGGGAGUGACAGAGCCUAGUGGACUGCCCUCCGGACAACCAGAUGUCAGUGGAGAAGCCUCUGGAGUUCUUUCUGGCGCUGGUCAACCCUUUGGCAUAACCGACCUGAGUGGAGAAACAUCUGGGGUCCCUGAUAUCAGUGGGCAGCCAUCGGGGUUGCCGGAGUUCAGUGGGACAACUUCUGGAGUCCCUGACCUGGUUCCCGGUACCAUGAGUGGCAGUGGUGAGUCUUCUGGCAUUACGUUUGUGGACAGCAGUUUGGUUGAAGUGACCCCAACUACGUUUAAAGAAGAAGAAGAAGGUUUAGGGUCUGUGGAAGUCAGUGGACUACCUUCAGGGGAGGCGGAUCUCUCGGGCACAUCUGGGAUCAUGGAUGUCAGUGGACAACCUUCUGGAGCAAUUGACUCCAGCGGGUUGACAUCCCAGCCUCCAGAAUUCAGUGGCCUGCCAAGUGGAGUAGCUGAAGUCAGUGGAGAAUCCUCUGGAGCAGAGACUGGGAGCAGCCUGCCCUCGGGAGCAUAUGACGGCAGUGGACUCCCAUCCGGUCUCCCCACUGUGUCUCUUGUAGACAGAACUUUGGUGGAAUCCGUCACCCAGGCUCCGACAGCCCAAGAAGCAGGAGAAGGGCCCUCGGGCAUUUUGGAACUCAGCGGUGCCCAUUCUGGAGCACCAGAUGUGUCUGGAGACCAUUCGGGAGUUUUGGACCUAAGUGGGCUGCAGUCCGGGCUGGUGGAGCCCAGUGGAGAGCCAUCAAGUACACCAUAUUUUAGUGGGGACUUGUCUGGCACCGUGAAUGUAAGUGGAGAAUCCUCUGCAGCCACGAGCACCAGUGGGGAGGCCUCAGGACUUCCAGAAGUUACUUUAAUCACUUCUGAGUUCGUGGAGGGUGUCACGGAACCAACUGUUUCCCAGGAACUUGCCCAAAGACCCCCCGUGACAUACACCCCCCAGCUCUUUGAGUCCAGCGGAGAAGCCUCUGCGUCUGGGGAUAUUAGUGGACCUACACCAAGGUUUCCCGGGUCUGGGCUAGAAGCGUCAUCGGUCCCGGAAUCCAGCAGCGAGACAUCUGACAUUCCUGAGGCUGGGGUGGGGGCAUCUGCCGCCCCUGAGGCCAGCGGACGAGCUUCCGGGGUCCCUGACGUGAGUGAAGCCACCUCCGCCUUCCCUGAAGCUGAUGUGGAGGGGGCCUCAGGCCUGGGAGUGAGCGGCAGCACCUCAGCCUUUGCUGAAGGCCCCAGGGAGGGCUCGGCCACCCCGGAAGUACGGGAGGAGCCAACCAGCACCUACGCUGUGGGCACAGAGGCGUCAGGCUGGCCUUCGGCCACUCCGAUGGCGUCUGGAGACAGGACUGAAGUCAGCGGAGACCUGUCUGCUCACACGUCGGGGCUGGAUGUUGUCAUCAGCACUAGCGUCCCAGAAUCCGAGUGGAUCCAGCAGAGCCAGCGCCCUGCAGAGGCGUCUCUAGAAAUCGAGCCCUCGAGCCCCUUGCACUCAGGAGAAGAGACCCAAACGGCCGAAACUGCCACCUCCGCCACAGAUGUUUCCAUCCCCACUUCUCCAGCAGGGACACCUGAAUCAGCACCAGCCGUUCCAGACAUUGAUGAGUGCCUCUCAAGUCCUUGUCUGAAUGGAGCCACCUGCGUGGACGCCAUCGACUCUUUCACAUGCUUAUGCCUUCCCAGCUACCGAGGGGACCUGUGUGAGAUUGACCAAGAGCUGUGUGAGGAGGGCUGGACCAAGUUCCAGGGUCACUGUUACCGCUACUUCCCCGACCGCGAGAGCUGGGUGGAUGCGGAGAGCCGGUGUCGGGCUGAGCAGUCACACCUGAGCAGCAUCGUCACCCCCGAGGAGCAGGAGUUUGUCAACAACAACGCCCAAGACUACCAGUGGAUCGGCCUGAAUGACAGGACGAUCGAAGGGGACUUCCGCUGGUCAGACGGACACUCCUUGCAAUUUGAGAACUGGCGCCCCAACCAGCCCGACAACUUCUUCGUCAGCGGGGAGGACUGCGUGGUGAUGAUCUGGCACGAGAAGGGAGAGUGGAACGACGUGCCCUGCAAUUACCACCUGCCCUUCACGUGUAAAAAGGGCACAGUGGCCUGCGGAGACCCCCCCGUGGUGGAACACGCCAGGACCUUCGGGCAGAAGAAGGACCGGUACGAGAUCAAUUCUCUGGUGCGGUACCAAUGUACAGAGGGCUUCGUCCAGCGCCACGUGCCCACCAUCCGGUGCCAGCCCAGCGGGCACUGGGAGGAGCCUCGGAUCACCUGCACAGACCCCUCCACAUACAAGCGCAGACUACAGAAGCGGAGCCCACGGGCCCCACGGAGGAGCCGACCCAGCACAGCCCACUGAGAGCAGCUUCCAGGACACGCCCAGGAUGCUGAGCCCAGGAGCCUCGCCAGGCUGACAUCCCACACGGAUGGUGUCCUCUUCUUGUCGCUUUCUGUCAUAUAAGGAAUUCCAUUAAAGAAGGAAAAAACCAAAUCCCACAUUGUGUAUGCACCCGCCCCCCGCCCCCCCAAAUCGCCAACACUGCAUCUGAUUUUCCCCCCCAGUGCCAAAGCAAAGCAAACGUAUUGUAACCCGUGGACUGAGUCUAGAGACAUUUCUUCAAUCUCCCGUUGUGCCUUUCCAGGGACCAGUGCAGGGACAGGGGGAGAAGGGGAGGGGUUAAGUUAAAUAAAGAAGAUUAUUUUUUGUUUCCUGACUUUAUCCAAGAGCAGUGCAAUGGUUGGUUCUUUCCCCUCCGGGGAGAGCUAGGGAGGAGGGAGGAAGGGGCCCGAAGAGCUGGGACCAGACCG